AGAUGACAGCACGACCAACUUCCAUUUUUCUAAAGUUGAUUUCUUUUCUGGAUUCUUUCUCUCACAUCCAAAUAAAACUGUACUGAGGAUUUGGUAGACAAUUUCUUCCUCCAUUAUUGACAGAGAGAAACAGAGGAACAAACAAACAAACAUUGAAGAUGGAGUUGGUUCAGAUGCAGAAGAAUUUGCAAGAUUACACUAAAUCACUCUUCUUGGAAGAAGAGCCAGAACGGCAAAACGGAAGUUACAGUGCAGAAAAGCAAAGAAAGAAGGCCUCCAGCAAAGAAGGGGCGCCGUCGCCUGGAUCGGGGAUAAAGAGGAGGCGAUCCCUCACUGAUCGAUCAAUAGCCACGCGAACUGCAGCAGUGUUUGUGGAAGCUGAGUUGAAGAUCCUCCUGUUGUGCUCCUUUCAAAGCUGAUAGAUGGUAACCUGAAAGAGCAGUUUCGUUAUUACUCCUCUCGCUGAACGACGGAGAGUUAGAUCAUCGGAGAUUGCUGAAGCUACAGCAUAGAGGGUUUGAGGUGGUGAUAACCCAGAACCCGCUGAGAAGAAGCUCCAGAUUUGAGAGGAGAAGGAGCACUCAAAAAAUAAGUGGUUGUGAGUCUCCUGAUGUGUAGCACACAACGGGCAUUCAUCGGGAAUAUUAACUCCCCACCGUCGAAGCCUGUCCUUAGUUGGCAGUCGUGCCAAUAACGCCAACCAGGUAAUGAAGGAGCAUCUCGGAAUUGCUUCUUUAAACCAGAUAGCUGGUGACCAGUGAAUCUCUGGAGAUCUUACUCGCAAGAAGUUCCAAAUUACCUUAGAAGAGAAGGAAGGCACAAACGAGCUUGCAGCAUUGCGCCAGAGAAAUACAUCCGGACCCCUUGAAGCAUGG